ACCAUGCACUGCUAAAUUUUUGUUUUUUUGUAGAGACAAGGUCCACUUUUUUGCCUAGGCUGGUUUCGAACUACUGGCCUCAAGUGAUCCUCCCACCUUGGCCUCCCAAAGUGCUGGGAUUACAGGCAUGAGCCACUGGGCCCAGCCCACUCUCUCUCUCUCUUUUUUUUUUUUUUUUUUUUAAAGUACAUGGCACGAUGUACAUGGAGUAUAGUGGCACGAUCCAUGAUCAUGGCUCGCUGCAUCCUUGAAUGCCCAGGUUCAGGGAAUCCUCCCAGCUGGGAUUACAGGGGCAGGCCACCAGGCCCAGCUACAUUCUCUAAUUUCAGUGAUUUGUGUACUUGCUCCUUUAGACUGGUAGCUCUCGAAGGACAAAUCUUGCAGGUGUUUCAACUCUUUAUCCCCAACUCUUGGCUUAGCACUAAGAUGCUAAUAAAUGUGAAUUAAUACAUAAACCACAGUUAACCCCACCAUCAUUGGCAGAGGGGCUGAAGACACCUCCAGACACUCUCCACCCCAAAACCAAGCCCGCCCAGAGGGCGGAUACUGGGAUCUUGCUCCUGGGAAGGGCCUGGGAACCUGGAAACACAGCUCCAGCCAGGGCCCCACCAGGAUAGGAAACAGGGCUUGUUCUUCAGCCUCUCCCUGAGCCUGGCCUCUGUAGGGCUGCCGACCUGUCCGGAGUCUUUCUGGCCGCCUCUUUCUUUGUGUCUCUUUCUCUUUGUCUCUGCCCGUUUCGCUGACUGUCGUCUUUUGUUCCUCCGCUUCUGGGCCUGUUUCUCUCCAGGCUCCCAGCCUCUUCUUACUGCUCCUCGGACUCUGCGUCAAUGACUUUUAUCUCUUAUCCGUUUCUACGUCUCUUUGUCUCUAGCGGCCAAUCUUUGGCUCCCCGUAUUUUUGGUCAGCCGCUGUCCCUCGGUCUCUCUCUGCCCGUGUGUCGUCUGUGGCUCAGGGCUCUGAUGUGAGUCUCUGGCUCAGGGUCUCUGUUCCGGGCCCCAGGUCUGAUUCCAUCUCUCCAGCAGCAUUUACCCGGUGUCUGCCUCUAGCCUCUGCUCCUGCCUCGGUAUCCCCAGCCCAGCCCCCAUUCCAUCCCCACCCCCACCCCGGGCCCUCGGCCUCUCGGACCAGCUCCGCUUUGUUUCCCAUGUCUCGGCGCCCCGCCCCGCCCCGUCUGGGGUCUCCGCCGCCCUUUGUCUGCCUUGGUCUCUCCCCCACCCCUUUCCCCGGGUCCGUCUUUGGAUCCCUCUUUCUUUGUCUCUCCCAGGUCGGAGUGGCUGGCGCUGUCGGCCGGCCCGGGAGGUCGGCGCGGGUGGCUGGAGACACACAGCCACAAUUACGAAGCGCCUCGGGCCUCAUCACCCAGCUGCAGCCCAGGAGGCACACGGGCGGCGUGCCGGCGAUGGAGCGCGCGGUAGAGCCUUGGGGCCCGGAUCUCCACGGCCCGGAGGAGAGGGAGCCACUGAGAGGCGCCCGCACAGGUCUAGGGAGUGAGAAUGUGAUUUCUCAGCCGCAUGUGUUUGAACAUACCCCACAGGAAGAUGACUUGGGGUUCAAGGAAGAAGAAGAGUUGGCUCCAGAUCAUGAAGUAGGAAAUGCCUCUCUCAAACCUGAAGGCAUCCAGAACUGGGAUGACUUAUGGGUACAGAGAGAGGGUCUAGGAAAGCCUCAGCCUCGGGACAGAGGCCCCCGGCUCCUGGGUGAACCACGCUGGGGCCAGGCUAGUAGUGAUCGGGCUGCUGUGUGUGGUGAGUGUGGCAAGAGCUUCAGGCAGAUGUCAGAUCUGGUGAAACACCAGCGGACCCACACAGGGGAGAAACCCUACAAGUGUGGGGUCUGUGGCAAGGGCUUUGGGGAUAGCUCUGCCCGGAUCAAACACCAGCGGACUCAUAGUGGGGAGAAGCCCUAUAGAGCCCGGCCACCAGCCCAGGGUCCCCCAAAGAUUCCUCGGUCCCGGAUCCCUGCUGGUGAGCGCCCCACUAUCUGUGGUGAAUGUGGCAAGAGCUUCCGGCAGAGUUCUGACCUGGUGAAACACCAGCGGACACACACUGGUGAGAAGCCCUACAAGUGUGGCAUAUGUGGCAAGGGCUUUGGCGACAGUUCUGCCCGCAUCAAGCACCAGCGGACACACCGGGGGGAGCAGCCCCCCCGACCAGUGGUGCCCCGACGGCAGCCAUCUCGGGCAGCCACGGCAGCUACCCAGGGACCGAAGGCCCAGGACAAGCCAUAUAUCUGCACUGAUUGUGGCAAGAGGUUUGUGCUCAGCUGCAGCCUCCUGAGUCACCAGCGCAGUCACUUGGGGCCCAAGCCCUUUGGCUGUGAUGUGUGUGGAAAGGAGUUUGCCCGGGGAUCCGACCUGGUGAAGCACCUGCGGGUGCACACUGGUGAGAAGCCCUACCUCUGCCCAGAGUGCGGCAAGGGUUUCGCGGACAGCUCCGCCCGAGUCAAACACCUCCGCACCCACAGUGGCGAGAGGCCCCAUGCCUGCCCGGAAUGCGACCGUACCUUCAGCCUCAGCUCCACCCUUCUUCGCCACCGCCUCACUCACAUGGAGCCCCAGGACUUCAGCUUCCCAGGCUAUCCCCUACCCGCUCUGAUCCCCAGCCCACCCCCACCUCCUCUGGGCACCAGCCCCCCGCUGACACCUCGAAGUCCCUCACACUCGGGUGAGCCUUUUGGCCUGCCUGGCUUGGAGCCAGAGCCUGGGGGCCCACAGGCCGGGGAGCCACCCCCACCACUGGCAGGCGACAAGCCCCACAAGUGCCCUGAGUGUGGCAAGGGCUUCCGCCGAAGCUCUGACCUGGUGAAACACCAUCGUGUGCACACAGGGGAGAAACCCUACCUCUGUCCUGAAUGCGGCAAGGGUUUUGCUGACAGCUCAGCCCGAGUCAAGCACCUCCGCACCCACCGUGGUGAACGGGCCCGGCCACCACCACCAUCCACUCUCCUGCGGCCACAUAACCCACCUGGCCCAGUACCCAUGGCCCCUCGACCCCGAGUUCGGGCCCAGCCUUCUGGACCCAGCCAGCCCCACGUGUGUGGCUUCUGUGGGAAGGAGUUCCCCCGGAGCUCAGAUCUGGUCAAACACAGGCGUACGCACACAGGGGAGAAGCCAUACAAGUGUGCAGAGUGUGGCAAGGGUUUUGGUGACAGUUCUGCCCGCAUCAAGCACCAGCGUGGGCACCUGGUCCUAAGGCCCUUUGGGAUAGGGGAUGGUAGGGCAAGGCCCCUCAAGCAGGAGGCACCAACAGGACUGGAAUGACGCAGUCCAGGGAGGGUGGAGGCCCAGGAGACCAAAGGGAGGGGCUCUGCUGCUCAGCAGAGAAGAAAGGGCCUGGGAGGUGGUGGGAGGGAGAAGGAAGGGAAGAAAGGGGAGGAAGAAUAGAUAGAAAUAGGGAUUGGAGACAGUAACCUUGAAGCUCAGGAAACUGCUGGCUGGGCUCAGUCAGGACCUUGCCAGGAUGGGCCGUACCCCUGGCUUCUAGAAGACUGCCUAGCACACAGUAGGCAUUCAAUACUUGUUGAAUAAAUAAACUAGCUUUCACCUGAGGACUCAAAGAACCCUAAAUUCCUGCUGCCUCAUCUGUUAAGAACUGACACUUUCCCCUUGCUGGGCGGGUAGUACACACCUGUAAUCCCAGCACUUUGGGAGGCUGAGGUGGGAGAAUCACUUGAGCCCAAAAGUUUGAGGCUGCAGUGAGCUGAUUGCACCACUGAUGCCUCCCAACCUUGCUCUGGGAGACCAAUGCCUGAACCGGGGUUUGUUUACCUUCUGAGCUGCAGUGAUGCGGCUUCUGGAAUUUAAGGUAACUGGAUGAGGCAGGGGUAUCUUGAUCAUCCGGAUGGGGCAAAUACUGCUGUGUGGCAUGGUGGUACCCACCCCUACGGAGGGGCACUCUUGGACAGAGCCCAGGCCUUUGUGCCUUGCAGGGAGCCAACCCACCCUGACACGGAGACACUGGCAGAAUAGACCAGAGACAGAAGGUGCUCUCAUGGUAUCCAGCCUGGAUGCCAAGCCCAAGUCCUGGUGGAUAGCAGAGGCCAGCUGUUUGGGAAAAGGGCAGGACACUCUGAGGCCUGGCAGCCACAUUUCCAUGUGUCUCUUUACCAAUAAACGGCUUCUCGUCUGAGGGUUGGACUGUGUGUGUGUACACACAGGCAUGAAAAAGGUGGAGAGGGGUCUCUGCGGGCAAAACUCAAACUGUAAAUUUUGUGUGGUUCCCUUGCUCUCUGAGCCCAUUAAAUAAAGAGGUUAUCUUGGCGUA